AUGGCCACGCCCAUCAGCCCCCAGCAGCUCAUCAGCAACCACCCCAACGCCCUCAUCCUCGACAUCCGCCCCCCCUCCGCAUUCAGACAGACCCACCUCAGCCAGGCCAUCAACCUCAACCUGCCCACAACCCUCCUCAAGCGGCCGCUCUACGGCCCAGACAGGAUCCAGUCCGGCCUACCCUCGCAGGAAGAACGGGAACGGUUCGAGAGAUACAAGACCGCACUCCCCAGCACCACAACCCCGCCCAGCAGCAGGCUCCAGCUCAUCAUCGCCAUCGACCAGGAUGCCAGGCUCAUCAGCCCAUCCCACCCCCUGAUCCUGCUCCUCAACAAAUUCGGCGCACUCGGAUUCCAGGGACAGCUCCUCUGGCUCAGCGGCGGCUUCCAAGCACUCCUCGCCCUCGCCCAGGAACCCGGAUCAGCCCACUGGGCCACCACCCUCCUCAUCUCCGAACAGCAGCACCAGCACCACAACAUCACCAAACCCACCACACCCAUGUCCCUCUCAAUCCCCCUCCCACUCUCCGCCUCACUCCCCACCCCGCCGCCGCCCCAGAGCCAUCCCAAGACCAAGCGGUUCCACAUGAGUCUCAGCAUGCUCCCACCCCCCGCCACCACCCCACUCCCACAGUCACCCUCCAUUCACCACAACACCUGCUACCCCUCAACAACGAGAUCGAACGAUUCCACAUCCAAACCAAACAACAACAAGACCAUCAACCCCUUCUUCGACAACAUCCGCCAGCUCAACGAACGCCUCUCGCUCGACUCCUCCCUCCAGAACCUCUCCCCGAUCGAGCUCCCCGAACUCACCAACCCUGUCGGUGACCUGCCCCGCCUCCCGCCCUUCCUCCGCAGACUCCUCCAAGACUCGCCCAUCCAACGCGCCCAGAGACUCGCACACGAAUUCCACGACCUCGAGAUGGCCGAGCAGCACCGGCUCGAGGACGUCAUGCGCUGGGAAUCCAGCCGCCACACUCGGAUUCGACUAAGAUCAGGUCAAGCGCGACGGAACGAGACUGACUACAUGAAUGCAUCAAUGAUCAGUUUCCGCUCGGACGGGGCGCCUCCCCUGCUGAGCUCGACGAGCCAGCAUCAGGUGGGCAGCCGGCGGUACAUUGCGACACAAGGCCCGUUGACGUCGACGUUUGAGGAUUUCUGGUCGGUGGUGGGCUCGGAGGACGUCGGGCUGAUCAUCAUGAUCACCCGACGACACGAGGCAGGGCGGGAGAAGUGUGCGGACUAUCUGCGCAACGGCCAGUACGGCGACCUCGUCGUCUCCGUCGACCUUCCUCCCCCCUCGCGCUCCUGCACCACCACCGACGGCGACGGUGGGGACGGCGGUGGUACUGGGAUGGAGUCGGACGGCGACGAGGAAAGAGAGAUGGCCAGCGGAUUCUUCGGCUUCGAGUCCGCUGUGCCCUCCUCCCUCAAUCACCACGACCACCUCCCCUCUCCCGCCCCUCUUCCUCCUCCUUCUUCCAACACCACCGGCAAGUCUGCGAGUGAAAGGGGAAAGAAGAAGAGGGCCGGCGUGCUCCGAAAGACCGUUCGGCUCAGCAGGACCACCCGGCCCGACCUCCCCGCCCGCCAGAUCGCCCACAUCCAUCGUGCGCCUGCGUCGCCGCCUAUUCGGUCCACAACACCCCAAACUGCCCAUCCGCUCCCCGCCUCCGAGCCCCCACGUCGUCAACCCGAAGCCCUCCGACAGUCCCCGCCCUCCCAUAGUCCUGCUCAUCUCCCCAGGUUCCUUGAUAGCCAGCUCUGCGAUUGCGUGACUGGCGUCGCGCCGAUUUGGCAGACGUACCCGAUCAUGGCCGUCGUCAACGAAAUGAGGGAACAGCGCAUGUCGAUGGUCGCGAACUACCGCCAAUACGUCUUCCUGCACGAAGUCCUACUGACUUAUCUACUCAAGGAGUUGGAUAUCUCGGUAGUGGGCGCCAGCGCCGGGCCGACGGGGCGGGUGCCUGGCGCUCCGGAGAUCGGCGGGCUGAGCAGCAACGACGAGCAUGUGCCUAAGCCCGGCCAUCCGUCCGCCUCGCGCGCCCGCGGGAGCCCCUCGCACGACCCGACCAAGGAAGCCGGCACAGACAGCAUCGGCCCGUCCGGCAUCCUGCGCUGCCUCUCGCCCUCCGUCGCCUCCUCCGCCACUUCCACCCUGCCCUCACACUCGGCAUCUUCCGAGGCCUCGUCUGACCUCGACAUCGACCCGCUCGGAUCCCGGCCCGCUCGGUCUCCCGCCAAUCUCUCCGCCGCGCCGUCUGCCGGUGACUACUUCUUCUAG